GUUGAGUCUCAGUAAAAUUAUAGGCUACAUUUCCAAUGCAUCCAUCUGCCAAUUUUUUGGCUGCUUUGUCAAUUCGGCGUCCUACACGUUCACUACUUUUUCGUCUCUCUUUCUCAUCUGCGUGAUCACCGUGAACAGAUAUGUUGCAAUCUGCAUGCCACAUGACUACACGAAGUACUUCAACAGGAGUGCGGUGCGUUCUUUGAUCUGGGGCGCGUUUCUCUUCGGCACUGUGAGCUGUGCGAGUCCCGCCCUGUUCUGCUACGGGGGGAAGGUGGUGAAGAUGGGCAGUGACAUCUACUGGUACUCGGCCAAGAUCAUCCUCAACAUCGUCAACUGCGUCACAAUGGUCAUCGUUUACAUCAAGGUUCUGCUGCAGUUUCGUGCAAAAGAGAAGCGACGUCUGAAGAUGGAGGCGGACUCGCUGGCGAAAGCACACCGAGCCUCCUCCUCCGCUGCCGUCCCCGCUGAAAAGCGACAGCAACAUCACGCCAUAACGGCCGCACAGCCGACAAACACAUCAGCCGACGA